UCACUGACUCCUCUACCCACAGCGACUACAGCCUUCUCUCUAACUCCUGCCACACGGCCGCCGACGUCCAGUUUAAGCCUUGUCGUUCUGGUCUACCCGCGCCUGCCCGCACACACUCCUCGCCCCAAACGGCACUGCCACGUCCUCGACCACUCGCUCAGAGCUUAACAGAGGUCUUUCUGGACACUGGAAACACCUGUGCCUGCUAGGUCCUCUUCGGUCUAGUGGCGAUACAUUCUGGUAAAAGUCUGUGAGUGGAGGGUGUGUGUGUGUGUGCGUGUUUGAUAAUGUGUGUGUGAGUUUGUGUGUAUCUAUGUGCUGCGACUGUCGGGACCCAGGUGCAGGUUAGCAGCUUUGAAGUCGACUGGAGAGGGAGGCAGGAGGCACCUGUUCCCCGUGACCGCAGCAGCAGCAGCGAGGAUGCCACAUAGCCUUACCCCUGCUCUCCAGAGUGCUAUUGCCCAUGCAGUGCCAAAGGGCAACACACACUGCUUCUAAGUGCCUUCUGCAGGAACGGAAAUUACAAGGUCUGUAGACGAGCCCAGUUCAAAGAGAUCUUGCAAUUCUGGUCUCCGCUAGAUCUCAAGCGAGAGAGAGAAGAGAAGUGGAAGCUGCAACAUAUUUCUCCUUCCAGCGUUGCAGCUCGCAUGUGACACUGUUGCUACGGAACGCUGGAACCAUCCCUGGAAGGCUAGAGUGCUACUGGUAUCAAAUACUCAACUCCAGAGGUCGUUCCAGAGGGGUCGACCAAGAAACAUUGAGAAUUAUUUUCUCUGAAUAAUAGUUUUUGGAUAUCAUCCGAGUUAUCUUCACGAAGAAACAAUUGCAAAUAAAAGAAAAUACUGUGCAUAAGCAGAAAGUUCGACUUUGCAUCACAUUGUCCUGACGUGCAGCAAAGCACCGACCUUUGUUGGUUUGUGUCCAGAAGGUUAGUGGAUGGCUUUGGGCAACGGUGGGUUGCGGUGAGAGGUGUGAUAAUAUGGUGCUACCUGCAUAGAGUUACUGGUGCUGCUCUUGUGUCGAAGUGAAGACCACUUUCUACCACUUAGGUAAUACACGAAUUCUGUCCCGAGGCCUUUGGAAAAGCUACUCUCGGGUCGAGUGCAAAAAUUCACACCAUUUGGCUAUCUGUGAUUGGACGGCCAUUUUGCAGUGAGAAUUGCAUUUUGCGCGUGGAAAAAAAUAUCUCACAAUACGUGCUAAUGUUUACUGUGGAAGCGAGAGUUACAUUUUACAGUGAAUGUGUAGGACCUGGUGCUUAGCAGGAAGUCAAAAUAGAAAUAAGAGAGACCUUGAUGAAACGGGAAUUAUCAUUGCAGUUCUAAGUGUUGUCUUUUAAAGAGUGCUUUUGAGAAGUGGUACCAUCAAAAUUUCACGCCCCCCUCUCGCCUUUCCACAAUGGAGACCGCCGUCUCAUGAGAAUCAAAAGAGGCAAAGGAAAAAUCUAUACAUUUUCUCUUAAUUCGUCCUGAAAAGAGAGUGUGAUUUUUCUCUAAAGCCAGCUUGAAGGCUGGCCUUCCGUGAGACGUUAGAAUUCCGCAGGUGUACACGAGCUUCGAAGCAGUUUUAAACCCCCCCCCCCCUUCCCCCCCAAAAAAAAAUCUUAAAUUCAUCUUACAAUUACCCUCUGGAUUUAAAACGUGUAGAGUGUGAUUCCUUUCCUCUGUACCUGUCAUACCUGGGUUGGUUCGCUGGGGGCUCCUUAGUUUCCGAAACCUGUGAGGAUGUGAUCGACAAAAGGUCGGCCACUGGCGGCGCCCCUUCUAUAAACCUACGACCAUUGACACGCAGACAUACACUUACACGAAAGGAGAAUCGAGGGAGUCGCUUACAGGAUUAAGAACGUAACUUCGUAAGUGACAGGCCUGUAGCAUGAUGGUCCCAUCUUGGUGUUGCUAUCAUCGGGCGGUGGUGACCGUGAUUCUCUGGGCGACGACCUUAGCAGCCAUAACAGCAACGACACCAUCAGGAAAAGGAGGAGGAGGAGGUGGUGGUGGCGGUGGAGGGGGAGGAGGGGCAGGAGGAGACCAAGCGGGGAACCCCCCAUCCGCUCUCAUUCAGCAGCUGGAAAAGAACCUGAUGGCUAUGUUCGGGAUCCAGCAGCGGCCCCGCGUCAAGAGGCAGGUGACGGUGCCGCCCUACAUGAUGGAGUUGUACCAUCGCCAGGCAGGGCUCCUGUAUAAGGCACCGAGGAGGACCUUGGAGCAAGUGGAAGAGGAGGAGGAAGAGGAAGAAGAGGAGGAGUUCAUUCCGGAAUCUCCAAGGUCUUACAGUACCAACACUGUCAGAAGUUUUGUCCAUAGAGAAAGUACCGCAGACUCCAUCUACCCACAUAACAGAAUGAGGUUUCAUUUCAACGUGAGUAACAUCCCAGCAGACGAGAUCUUACAUAACGCAGAUCUACGUCUGACCCACACGAUCCAUCCCUCGGCCCCUGCUCUGGGCAAGAACGCGUCCCAUGUUCCCGAGAAGCGCAGUAAACCACUCAAGAAGAAAAAGUGGUCCACGGAGGAUGUGCCCUACCUGCACAGAAUCAUGGUGUACGACAUCCUCCGCAGAGCCACGAAAACUUCGGAGCCCACCUUGCGAUUACUCGACACGAAAGUAAUCGACGCCAGGAAAGGAGGGGUUCAAAAGCUCGACGUCUACGACGCCCUGAAGCGAUGGAUCGUCGAGCCCAAGAAGAACUUUGGCGUCCUGGUGGACGUCGUCGCUCUGAACCAGACCACAGAGUACGACACCUCUCACGUCCACCUGCGAAGGCCACAGUUCGACCACAGCAGUUGGCACGAAAAACAGCCCCUGCUUGUGACUUACACGGACGACAGCAAGUCGAAAUCCAGAAGCAAGCGAUCGACUCCCGUCAAGCACAAAAAGACGAAGAAUUACUGCAAGAGGUACCCGCUUUAUGUCGAUUUCCGCAAAGUGGGAUGGGACGACUGGAUAGUAGCCCCUCCCGGAUACGAGGCCUACUUCUGCAAGGGAGACUGCCCCUUCCCGUUGUCUGAAGACAUGAAUGCCACUAAUCACGCCGUCGUUCAGACGCUGGUCAAUUCCAGGUACCCAGACAGAGUGCCCAAAGCCUGUUGCGUGCCAACUGAGUUGUCAGCAAUUUCGAUGUUGUACAUGGACGACGAUGAAAAGUUUGUCCUCAAAAACCACCAGGAUAUGGUGGUCGAAGGUUGCGGCUGCAGGUGAAAAGGGGUGGUCGUCAAGUGCCUUCGAUUUCCUCGCGAAAAGAAAGGCCGCGGUCGUCGCUUGUUUUUCGUUUCUGCCGUCUGUGUCGGAGGCGGAGGGGUAGCGUCCGGUGGGUGGUGUGAGCCGGAGUCCUUCUCUGUCGUCGGUGCCAGCUGUCAUUCUCGUGACAUGAAUAUGCCUCAAGUGAGUCCCAGGCGGAUGUGAUAAUGUAUAAGUUACUUAAAAAAAGAAAUUAUAACCAUUAUUCUUAGAAAAGGUACUCGAGGCUGAACAGCGAGAUGACCGUCCAGAGCCCCAGAAGGCUCGCGAACGUAUGACGCUAAUAUCUAUUUAGUGCAGAGUAUAAAUGAAUAAUUAAGUACAUAAAAAUCAUAGAGGCUGGAAAAACAGUCAGGAGAAGUGACAAGAGAGGAAACUGGAGUAACAUUUCUUUAAAAGAGGAAAAAGGAUAUUUUGUGAAGUAAACAUAAAAUGAUUAAAUUGUCUCUCGCUCUCUUUAUCUCUUUCUUUCUUUCUCUCUCACCCCUCUCUAACUUCCUACAUGAACAAAGGUCUCUAAACGCAUACUAAGUUCCGGGACCUCAGAAAACACGUUAAAUCGACAGAGAGAACGAUAAAUGAAAAUGUUUCAUGCGAGCGUUUUGGAAAGCGAGAAUGUCCCUCUUCAUGCUCUCAUCCGAUUGCAGAUGACAUUUUGUUUGGGCCAAAGAUAUAGAAAGCGAUGGUUGGCGUUGUGGCGUGGAAUUCUACGAGAAUGAGAAAGUGCUGUGUAAAUAUGAAUGAAUUUUUAUAUACAAAAAUAUAUAUGAAAAAGUAUAUGGUAUAUUAUUGCCAAUACUCUAUUGUAAAAAAUACUAAAAAAAAAAAAAAAGAAUACUGAAUGAGCUGCACAUAAUCAAGUUUACAAAAUGCAAUUCAAUCGUUUCUACGGUCAUUUUCUCUCCUUCGUGUAUAUAUAUAUAUAUAUAUAUAUAUAUAUAUAUAUAUAUAUAUAUAUAUAUAUAUAUAUAUAUAUAUAUAUACGCACAUAUGUAAUCUGUAGUUUCUCAACCAAAGAGUGGUGCUGACUAAUCUUGUUAAAAGCUGAAAGAAUUGUUGGGCCAAACGGAUGACAGAAUACCUUUAACUGUAUAUUUCCUAGAUAAACAAUUGUAAAUAACGUUUUAUGGCCCACUCUUCGUCGGACGCUCCUAGAUGAGAAACAAUACAUUGCCCCCCUUCAUAACGAAACGAAACAUGUUUCUCUCUCUCUCUCUCUCUCUCUCUCUCUCUCUCUCUCUCUCUCUCUCUCUCGAGGAGUAUUGUCCUUGAAUGGCAACAAAUACGAACUGUCAUUAAGUGACGUGUGGAAACUGACGAAAAAGUUUAACGUUUUAACUGAAGUUUAUGUUUGCUGUUUUGAUAUGACACAAAUUCUUUUGUUUAUCAUUUUGCUGCGUAUUCAUUUUUAUAGCUUUUUUAUUGCAAUUAUACUUCAUUUUAUCCUUAUUAUGAGAGGCUCCUCAGUGCUGUAUUUAUUUGUUGUAUAAAUAAUACUCGAACGCAAAAUUUGUACAGAUUUAUUUGUAUUUAAAGAUGUGAAUAUAGAUUUAAGAUAUUUUGUACAUAUUCUGAAAGACAGUAAGCGAUUAUUACUGGAAUAAAUUUUAUAUGAACAA